UGCUGAACUGCCAGGCCAUUCCGGAGGUGACGGUCACCGCCUGCCUGGUGUGGAAGGAUUGGCCCCACCGGGUUCACCCCCACGGCCUGGUGGGCAAGGACUGUGCCAACGGGCUCUGCCGCGUCCUGCUGCGGCCCCAGAGCAACCCCCGGCACAGUUUCAGCAACCUGGGCAUCCAGUGCGUGAAGAAGAAGGAGAUCGAGGGGGCCAUCGAGAAGAAGCUGCAGUUGGGCAUCGACCCCUUCAAAGCGGGUUCCCUGAAGAACCACCAGGAGGUCGACAUGAACGUGGUCAGGAUCUGCUUCCAGGCCUCCUUCCGGGACGGAGCCGGGACCACCCGGCACCUCAGCCCCGUCCUGUCCGAGCCCAUCUUUGACAAGAAAUCCACGAACACGUCGGAGCUGCGGAUCUGCCGCAUGAACAAGGAGAGCGGGCCCUGCACGGGGGGGGAGGAGCUCUACCUGCUCUGCGACAAGGUCCAGAAAGAGGACAUCGCGGUGGUUUUCCGUCGGGAAUCCUGGGAAGCGCGGGCGGAUUUCUCUCAGGCCGACGUUCACCGCCAGGUCGCCAUCGUCUUCAAAACCCCCCCGUACCAGCACCUGGAGCUGAGGGAGCCCGUCGAGGUGGAGGUGUUCCUGCAGCGCCUCACAGACAGCGUCUGCUCAGAGUCCUUCCGCUUCACUUACCUGCCC